GUUGCCGUAUAGUUGCUGGGAGGAGGCGGGAGGUGGAGCCGCUGGGGCUAAGAUCAUGCCAGGCAGCGAGAGGUAUUCUGGGCAGCAGAGGCCGCUAGGCUUGGGAUGAAAGAAGCAGGGCAGAUGCAAAAUCUGGAGAGCGCGGGGGCCGGGCGGUCAGUCAGCACCCAGACUGGCAGCAUGACUGGUCAAAUACCAAGGCUUUCUAAAGUCAACCUUUUCACUCUGCUCAGUCUCUGGAUGGAGCUCUUCCCAGCAGUAAAAGCCCAAAGACAAAAAUCUCAGGAAAAGGAAGAGGGAAAGCAUGGACCCUUAGGAGAUAAUGAAGAGAUGGCCAGGACAUCUACUGACAAAAAACAGGUGAAGAGAACUGGUCUUGUGGUGGUGAAAAACACGAAAAUUGUUGGUCUCCACUGUUCUAGUGAAGAUUUACAUGCUGGAAAAAUUGCUCUUAUAAAACAUGGGUCAAGGCUGAAAAACUGUGAUCUUUAUUUUUCCAGAAAACCAUGUUCUGCUUGUUUGAAAAUGAUUGUGAAUGCUGGAGUUAACCGAAUUUCAUACUGGCCUGCUGAUCCAGAAAUAAGUUUGCUUGCUGAGGCUUCUAGUUCUGAAGAUGCCAAGCUAGAUGCCAAAGCAGUGGAAAGAUUGAAGUCAAACAGUCGGGCCCAUGUGUGUGUGUUACUUCAGCCUUUGGUGUGUUAUAUGGUGCAGUUUGUAGAGGAGACCUCUUACAAAUGUGACUUUAUUCAAAAAAUUGCAAAAACAUUGCCGGAUGCUAACGUUGACUUUUAUUCUGAAUGUAAACAAGAAAGAAUAAAGGAAUAUGAAAUGUUAUUUUUGGUUUCAAAUGAAGAAAUGCAUAAGCAAAUACUGAUGACUAUAGGCUUGGAGAACCUAUGUGAAAAUCCAUACUUUAGCAAUCUAAGGCAAAACAUGAAAGACCUUAUCCUACUCUUGGCCACAGUAGCUUCCAGUGUGCCCAACUUUAAGCACUACGGAUUUUAUUGUGGUAAUACCGAACAGAUUAAUGAAAUUCACAAUCAAAGUUUGCCACAAGAAAUUGCAAGGCACUGCAUGGUUCAGGCCAGGUUAUUGGCAUAUCGAACUGAGGAUCAUAAAACUGGAGUUGGAGCAGUCAUCUGGGCAGAAGGAAAAUCUAGAAGUUGUGAUGGAACAGGCGCGAUGUACUUCAUAGGAUGCGGUUAUAAUGCUUUUCCUGUCGGAUCUGAGUAUGCUGACUUCCCACACAUGGAUGACAAGCAGAAAGACAGAGAAAUAAGGAAAUUCAGAUACAUUGUACAUGCGGAGCAGAAUGCCUUGACAUUUAGGUGUCAAGAAAUAAAACCAGAAGAAAGAACUAUGAUUUUUGUCACAAAGUGCCCAUGUGAUGAGUGUGUACCUUUAAUUAAAGGUGCAGGCAUAAAACAGAUCUAUGCCGGGGACGUAGAUGUUGGAAAAAAGAAGGCAGACAUCUCUUACAUGAGAUUUGGGGAACUUGAGGGUGUUAGCAAAUUUACAUGGCAGCUGAAUCCAUCGGGAACUUGUGUUCAUGAACAUAAUGAGCCUGAAAGCAAAGAGAAUGGUGUGUUGAGACCCUUACCUUCGGGUGAAGAACAGCACCAAAACAAAAAGCUGUGUCUUGGAAACCACUAAGAAGUCCUGUCUAAACUGGAGUGAGGCCUCGAGAAUUUGCAUUGCACUUUUAAAAUUCAACCUUGUUAACUCAGAAAAUAAGGGUGGAUUUUGUGAAUAACUGAGAAAAAUUGUAAGGAAGAUAAGUUAUUACUACCAUAUGGAUGAUGUUAAUGAGAAUAUCUUUAGUUUAGAUUUGUGUGUUUUCCAGAAUAUGGUGGUGUGCUCUUUUAUUACAUUAAAUGAGGUAGCAAUGAUUUAAUGAGACAAAUUUAAUCACCUGUAGAGGUUAAUUUCUCCCUGUCUUAUCUUUAUAUUAGCCAGUUUUUUUAAAGGGUUUGGUUCACUGGAGGUCACAUCUCAGCAGAAACUUAUACACCUUUUAAAAAAUAUUAAUUCCUUCAGAUUAUAAAGGUGAUAAUUAGUAAACUGUUGCAGGGAAAUAAAUGAUAACCUGGCCAUUUUUCAGUCAGUAUAUGGCUCACCAAAAGCUCACAUUUUACAUCUAAAGCUUUUUAAUAAUCAGAAUUUAAUUAGGAUUGAAUCAUAAAAAAUGAAGUUGGCAUACCUGAUCCCCAUUAUAAAAGUAUAUUCCUAACAGCGUUAUUAAUUUGUUAAAAAAUCUUUCGAUAUAUAGAACUAACAGUGAUUUGUUGGACUAGGGUGUUAAAUCACUGAUUUGGGGUAGCAGUAGAAAGAGCAUAUUAUUCUGAGGCAGUAUUGCUGUUUGAUAUCACUGACUCUUGAAAUCACUAACAACACCAAAUUUGCUUAUGAUGUUAACAGUGAGGAAAUAUUUUAGUCUGGAAUAUUGAAACUACCCUUUGUCAAAUUCCGUUUAUAAAUGCUGCCCAUUUUCCCUUCGUACAGUUAACAGAGUGUCUCGCGGCUUGGAAGAUCUUUAAAAAUAUUCGUAAACCUUAAGAAUACUGAAAAUCUCAAGUAAACAUUAUGAUCAAUUCCUUUACAUUCCAAAUUGCUAUUUGUGAGACCUCUCGUUUUUAUUUCCAGAGAAACUUUCAGAGAGUUAGUCCAAAGGCAAAUCUGAUUAUCUCUAC